UCGGAACGAGUCAAACUUGCACUCUUCUAUAUAAUUCCCCCACCCACCGCUCCUUGUAAAACCUAGCUUCUUCUCACCCAAAAGAAAAAGAAAACCCUAGCUUGCGGUUCUGGAGUCAAAUGGAUCCCCAGCCUGAGCCUGUGAGCUAUAUUUGUGGAGAUUGCGGAGCAGAGAAUACUUUGAAGCCGGGUGAUGUGAUUCAAUGCAGAGAGUGUGGAUACCGCAUCCUGUACAAGAAGCGCACUCGGAGAAUUGUUCAGUAUGAAGCGCGCUAAGGAUAAAUGUGACGGGAUGCCCUUGGUGGGAGCUGCUGUCUGUUGAAUGGCGUACUGUGGAGUAUUUGAGUGUCGGAGAUUCGAAAAAACAAUACUAGUGGUCUUUUGUGUGUUUAUAGCGUAUGGAUAAUUUUGACCGACUAAACUCUCUCUUUAAUGGCUGACUGUUAUCAUAUGCUGUUUGUUGAGUAUUCUUGUUAUACAUCUUGACAGCAUUUCUUGGUCCAGUUAAAAUUAGUAUUUUAUCAGUUCGUGGAAUUAUACAUAAAUAUAAAAUGUGUAGACCAUGAUAUUAUGCUUUUAAAGGGAAUGCUCGGUCGAAAGAUCGCCAUGGCCAAA